AUGGGGCUACCUAAGAAUAACAAAGUUAACUUUUGUUAUGGAAAAGAUUAUAGACACAUUUCAAGAGAACUAGAAAGGAUUAAUAAUAUCAUUUUAAAAUAUAGUAAAAACAUAGAAACAUGUAAUAAGAAUAAAAAAAAAUGCUUAGAUGAAUUGUAUAUAUUAGCAAGUUAUGAUAAUUUUUUAAAAAAAAAAUAUGAAACGUAUGAAUGUAAGUUAGACGGAUAUAUAAAUGAAGAUAAAGAAAAGAUUAAAAUAAAUGAAGUAAAUAAAGGAAGAAAUAAAAAAAUCGACUGUACUCCUAAUAAUAAUAAAAUAUUUUUUUAUAAUGUCCAUUUAAUAAAUGAUGAUGAUCUUUUUAAGAGAAGAAAAAAUAAAAAAAAGAAAAAGAAAAUGAUAACCUUAAAGAUAAAUAAAUGUAACCAUAAAGAUAAAAAUUUACAUAAAAAUGAGAUGAAAGAUGGUGAUCAUGUUUUUUCAUAUACUAAAAAGAAGUGGUUGAAUAAUAAUAAUAAUAAUAAUAAUAUUACAAAUAUGGUCUCUUUUUUGGGUUAUGGAAAUAUAAAAAGAAAGUAUGUAACAAAUAAAUGUAUUAUAAAUGAACAAGAAAAUAAUAAGAUGGAUGAGAAUCAACAUAUUGAUAAAAAUAAAAAUAUUAAUAUUAAUAUCAAUUUACAUGAUGAUAAGAACGAUGAAAUAAGAAAACAUUCAACCAUACAAACACUUUAUCAUAGUAAUAAUAAAGAAAAGAUAAUUUCAAAAAAUGUUCUAAAAGAUGAAAGUACAAAUAUAACAAAAGAAUGUAAUGUUAAUAAAUAUGAUGAUAAUAUUAUAGAUCACAAACAAAAACACAGGGAAAAAGAAAAAAAGAAAAGUAUCGAAAAUAUGAAUAUAAGCCAUAUAAUAUAUGAAAAAGAACAAUCUCAUGACAUUUGUAAUGUAUUAGAAGAAAAUAAAGAGGAAGAAAAAUAUAACAAUUUACAAAAAGAUGUUAUAACAAAUUGUAAUAAUGAUAAGGUAAAACUUGAAGAAUAUCAUCAUGAAAAAGAAUUGAAUAAUGUUCAAAUUAUAAAUGAUAUGGAUAUUAAAAAGAAUGAGGCAAAGAAGGAAAAAAAUAAUAAAAAAAAGGAAAAACAAAAAAAUAAGAAAAAUGAAAAAGAAAAAAAUAAAAAAAAGGAAAAAGAAAAAAAUAAAAAAAAGGAAAAAGAAAAAAAUAAAAAAAAGGAAAAAGAAAAAAGUAAGAAAAAGGAAAAAGAAAAAAAUAAAAAAAAGGAAAAAGAAAAAAAUAAAAAAAAGGAAAAAGAAAAAAAUAACGGUGAUGUAUUAAAACAUGUGGAAAACAAUCUACAAGAUGUGGAAUUAUUGUAUGAAGAAAAAAUAAUAAAUGUCAAUACCAAAAAAGAUGAAGAAUUAAGUACAAAAAAUAAAUAUAGUGAAAAAGAUAUUGUUCAUGAUAUUCUCAGUGAAUAUUCCAAUACAUUACAAUAUACAAGUUUCCUUGAUUAUAUGAAAAAUAGGAUGGAAUAA